AUGAUCAGUUACCGUCACCCCAAUGCCCCAACCCCUUCCUCCUUUGCGUUACAGUCACCAUUCGGUAAUUAAGUUCUCCGAUUAACCUUCUGCACAGUCGAACUACGGUCAUCUACUUCUCGAUUCUUCUAUUAAAAAAGAGAAUGAAAAUCAGUUCACAAUCUCACCGCGAGUCGCACGUGCAAAUUCCGGUGAGAUGACCGCCACUUAGCCUCCGGCAAGUGUUUGACCAAAGCUCCUCCUCCUUAUCAUUAUAUAUCUGUUCUUCACUCUGUUCUUCUGUAUCGCGAGAGCAAACAAAUCUACCGGCCAUGGCAACAAAGCUCCACCGCCGUAUAAUUGCCGGCGAUCACACCGCCGCUGUUCUUUUGCUGAUCGUCUUCUACCUCUUCGCCUCCGACUUCGUUCAAGCCCAAUCGCCGCCGAAUGGAAACAAUAGCAACAACCCUAAUUACUUCACGUCGGCGAAAUUCAAUCCAUCCAUGGCCGUCAUCAUCGUCGUCCUGGUGAGCGCGUUUUUCUUCCUGGGGUUUUUUUCCAUCUACAUACGCCGAUGCGGUGGCGGAGGCAUGGAUUCCUUUGCAGCAACUGCGGCCGCUGCCGUCGGCGGCCGAUCCAGGAGGCAGCGGGGGCUAGACGCAGCGAUUCUGGAAACAUUUCCCACCCUCGUAUACUCUGAGGUGAAGGAGCACAAGAUUGGCAAGGGUGCGCUCGAGUGCGCAAUCUGCCUCAACGAAUUCGAGGAAGAAGAUACAAUCCGCCUUCUUCCCAAAUGUGACCAUGUCUUCCAUCAGGAGUGCAUCGACGCCUGGCUUGCCACUCAUGUCACCUGCCCCGUUUGCCGCACAAAUUACGCCGUCGAUUCCACCGAGACCCCUACCACCGAAGGAACGACUGAUGCGCCGGCUCCGACUGCGGCGAUGGAAGUCAUCCGAGGUCCAGAUCCGGCGCCGCCGGUGACCGAUCAUGUCGCAAUCACGGUGGAUGAUGGAGAGAGGAAACAUGAGAUGAAGGAGCUUGCACGAAUCGCGAGCAGGGUGAGAAGGAACGGGUCGAGGAGGGGGCGGCCUCUUCCGCGAUCGCACUCGACCGGUCAUUCGAUAACGCAGCAGGGAGAGGGUUUGGAUCGGUACACGCUGCGGCUGCCUGAGAACGUUCGGAAGGAUAUCAUCGCCGCCGGGAUGUUGCAGCGGCAGAGGAGCUUAGCGGUGACGAGGGGAGGUGAUGGAAGCUCGAGGAGGGUUUCGGGAGUAAUCGGGGACGAUGGCAGCCGCCGCGGGAAGACUGUACGGCUAGGUCGUUCGGAUCGUUGGCCUUCUCACUUCGUGCGGUCGUUCUCGGCUAAGAUACCGGCGUGGGGGAACUGGAAGAGAGGAGAGGAAGGUUCGACGAAGGAAGGAUCUGUGAAGGGGAAGUUCGCCGCCGGCGGCUUCUCCAAGAAGAAUCCCGAUGAUUCGGAGUCGUCGACCGCCGCGUUGAACCGCGUUUAACCCCGGUUUAUUCUUUAAUUUCACUCAAAUUUUUUUCGGUUUUUUUUUUUUUUGUAUUUAUUUGAGUGACGAAUAUAAAGAUUAGGCGACGCGGCGUUUAAAGGGGAAUUGUUAGGAAAAACAAGGUCUAAUUUGUACAGCGGAAUUGUUUUAUAAAUAUGUUGAAU